AUGUCGGCGGGCGCGUCGGCCUGGGUAUGCGGGGGAGCGGCGGCGGGCGGCUUAAAAAAAGCGCCGGAGCAUCGGCCGGGGCAAUGUCGCCAGGCGCCGCCGCGCGGGGCCGGUUGGGGCGUCGGAUCGCUGCGAUCGGCGUUCCGGGGGGCGGCGGUGGAUGCGGGAUGCGGGGAGGCGCGCGAACGGCGGGGCGGGCGGAGCGAGGCGGUGUGCUGCUCGGGAUCGGCAGGCGGGGACGCCAUGACGAUCGCAGUGACGGGGGCCACAGGCCUAAUAGGAACCCGGCUCGUUGCCCGCCUGUCCGCCCUUGGGCACAAGGUCAAGGUGCUGACCCGCAACCCAGGCAGGGCCAGGGGGAAGCUGCCCUACAGGGGUCUCACCUUCGUUGGUCCUUCACAGUGGGAGUCGACCAUCUGCGGAUGCGACGGCGUUGUCAACUUGGCGGGGGAGCCCAUCGCCACGAG